ACAAGAAGAAGAAGUCACUUUCAGCAUGGCAGCGCUUGGUGUCACACGGUGUUUAGUAAGGUCUUGCUUUCGCGUUAGAAAUGUGCAUCAAAAUGCACAAACGCUUUUGCGUACUUCUAGACGACUGCUCUGUGUUUCAGCCCCAGGAAGCAGUUCAGUGAAUGUCCCUAAAGCUCAGUUCACAGAUAAAGAGGUUCAAGAUAUUUUAACCAAAAUAACAGGUCUGGACCUGCAGAAAGUGUUCCGACCCUUAAAAGAGCAGCUAACGCCACCCAAAUACAAGCUGAUGACAGACGCAGAAUUAGAGGAGGCAGUGCGUAAGGCAGAGGAACAGGCUGAGCAGCUGCUGAAGAUGCCUCCAGUCCUGCCUGAGAGGAAACCCAUUCAUGAUGUGCUCUCUGAAGAUCAGAUACUGGAGGGCAUGGACACUGCUAAACACGUCUUCACAGACAUCAACUUUAACAUCCCACAUCGAGAAAGGUUCAUCGUUGUGAGAGAGCCCAGUGGAACGCUGAGAAAAGCAUCGUGGGAAGAAAGAGAUCGGAUAAUGCAAGUUUAUUUCCCCAAAGAGGGUCGCAAACUUGCAGCACCACCCAUAUUUAAAGAGGAAAACCUUCUGGUGGUCUUUGAAAAGGACAGACAUGAGGACGUGCUAAACUACUGUGUUGUCCAAUUUGAGCCGGACUCUGCAGAAUUUAAGAGGGUGCACAAGCUGACCUACGAGGACAUUGAAAAACACGGGAAAUAUGAUCUGCUCAGAUCCACACGGUUCUUCGGUGGUUUGGUCUGGCAUCUGGUCACCGGCCGGCGGAUUGACGGCCUUCUGAUUGACAUUCUGGAGAGAGACCUGAUGCAGGAUGCGGUGAGGUUGGUGCGGCUGUUUAAUCUAGUUCAUCCUCAGAGCGAGUCUGCACAGCACGCCCAUACACAACAUGCCACUGACCUGGACCUUCUCAAGAUUUAUGCCCAGUAUGAGUCAAAUAGGGCUGGAUUCAUCGAGCUAGCUGUGCAGACCUUUGAACAGACCAAAGCGCUGAGCUCUUCCUAAACAGUCACGCACAUUAAACUGAUGAAACACUUCUCACCUCACUUGAGAAGAGACCGUAAUCACCCAUGACCGAUCUGAAAUAUAGUACCAAAUGUUGUGUCAUCAAGUUAAAACCUGUUGUCAUGCUGUACAUAAUAAAGAAGUCUUUGUAUAGAA